CCUGGAAGCUACAUCACUCCGUCAAGGAGCGCUGAGCAGAACCAGUUCUCGUUUAGGGCUUCCCAGUCAGGCUCUGAGGGGAUCACUGGUGGCGACGACGUAAGAAGUUUGACUACAAAGCGCCCGAAGGGAAACAAAGGUGAUAAGGGCAUGCCGGGUAUGAAAGGAGACCGAGGCGAACCGGGUACACCAGGACCCAAGGGAGGGCCAGGGAUGAAAGGCCUACCCGGUAUGAAAGGAAUGCAGGGUCCACCGGGAAUGAAGGGAAAGGACGGGUUUCCAGGAAUGAAGGGCAUGAAAGGAGACCCAGGUAUGGACGGAAUGAAAGGAACACCGGGCCAAAAGGGCGCUGAAGGGCCACCGGGCAUGAAAGGUGUGGAGGGGCCACCUGGAAAGCCCGGACUUCCAGGACAAAAAGGCAUGCCGGGACAACCAGGCAUGAAGGGUAUGAAAGGUCCACCAGGCAUGAAAGGCGAGGUAGGUCCGAAGGGCAGCAGAGGGGACGAGGGACCAGAGGGACCGCGGGGUAGACGAGGUCCGCAAGGUCAGCCAGGCGCCCCAGGCGAACCGGGUCAAAAAGGAGAUACAGGUCAAGAUGGAAUGAAAGGAGCGAAGGGCAUGAAAGGGGGUCCAGGGCCGACGGGGCAAAAGGGAGACACUGGUCCUAAGGGAGAUAAAGGAGAUGUUGGAAUGAAGGGCAAUGAUGGAGCUAAGGGAAUGAAGGGUGAUCAAGGUCCAGAUGGAAUGAAGGGAGAUACGGGACCUAAGGGCCCAAAAGGAGAUGAUGGCAUGAAAGGGGAUCAAGGAGCAAAGGGCGACCAAGGAAUGAAAGGAAUGAUGGGACCCAAGGGAGAUCAAGGAAUGAAAGGAGAUCGUGGUGAAAAGGGGAGUCAGGGAGAAAAGGGUGAUAAGGGAAAGAUGGGAAAUGAUGGCCCGCAGGGACCAGCUGGGCCUAAGGGCUCUAAAGGUGACACUGGCAGUCCUGGCAUGAAGGGCGAAAGAGGCCCUGCGGGACCGCCUGGCAUCGUAAAGUACAUAUACGUGGACAAACCGUCCAGCCAAUACGGAGCUCCGCAUCCAUCUUAUUCUGCACCGCCCUCCCCAGAUUAUGGCGCUCCGCCACCACCUCCCUCCAGCCACUAUGGCGCUCCUCAGACCAGUUGGAGCUCGCCGCGCGGCAGCUACCGCGGCUCGGCGUCGCUGUUCCGCCCGCGACGUCUCCCCGCUCAGCGCCACACCCUCGAGGUGUCGUCCGAUCAGCUUCACCAGAUCCUUCUCCGUGAGCACAACCGGGUGGCUGACGCGGUCCGGCGCAACCAUCGCGACUGGGAGGACGAGCGCAUCUUCCAGCUGGCUCGCCGCGUGGUUAUCGCCGAGUGGCAGCACAUCAUCUACCGCGAGUAUCUGCCGCACGUGCUGGGCGCCGCGGCAGGCCAGCGUCUGUCCAUAGCGACCAGUCUCGAUGACGACCCCACAGUGAAUGUUGAGUUUGCAGCCGCAGCCUUCAGGUUCUGGCAACGCUCCGCUGCGACAGCUCCGGCCGAACGCGAGGACAGUAAGAGCAGGAGGCGCUCUUUCCUGGACGCGGUGCAGGGUCUGGCCGCAGCAUCUGGCUUUAGCAGACGGCUGAGGAACGGCGGCGGCGGACAGACGAACUCUGAGCCGGCCGAGGAGGCGGCAGCGCACGUGCUGCGCGGCAGGGAGCUGGGUCUGCCGACGUUCGCUGACGUGCGCGAGCUGUGCACGGGCACCAACGUCAGCGUCUGGACCGACCUGGAGGGCGUGGUGCCGCAGCCAGAGCUGGGUGCCCUGCAGUCCGUCUACGGCAGUCCGCGAGAUAUCGACCUCUGGGUGGGCGGCGUGCUGGAGGGCCGGGCGCCGGCCGCCAGGGUGGGGCCCGCCUUCCAAUGUAUCAUUGAAGAGCAGUUCCGCAGGGCGCGCGAUGGUGACCGGUUCUUCUACGACCGCGCACUGAGUGGCGCUCAGUUGGCCGAGGUGCAGAAGGCCAGUCUGGCUCGCCUUCUCUGCGACAACCAGCCCGGUGGACGGGAUGGUGUGCUGCCACUCGUGCUCGAGCCCAUCAGUGCGCACAACAAGAUGACGCUUUGUACCGCGGCGGCCAUCCCACGGGUCAGCCUGGACGUGUUUUAG